UCUGUGGGGUAGAUGAGGUAGACAUGACCCCCUCCAUUAUCCCCUGCAUGGUCAUUUUUACUGCUGCUAGAUGUGUGUGUGUUACUACCAUAGUUUUGCUGUAUUUGACCUGGUGGCCUGUUGUGGAGCAUGGGGAAUCCUGAAGAGGUUGUCCCCAGCAGAUCCCACGGUGCUGCUGCUUGGGUGCUUGGUGGAAUAAGACUCCCUGCAAGAGGCUGUGGUUCAGCCUCAGUUUGGUUUAGCAUUUUAUUUCCAUUUUUACUCCAGUGCUGUGAAGUUUAGGGUCGAGACUUGGUCAUUUUUGUGUGUGUUUUUUUGUUUGUUUGUUUUUUGGUUUUUUUUCUUUCUUUCUAUUCCCCUCCCAGCGAGACAGGGACGGCUACAGAUUUGCCUCGCAAGAGUCGCGUCAUGCGUCUUUAGGAGCGGAACAUCCCUGCAGCCGGCUACGAGCCGCACGGCCACAACCGCUCUGCACAGCGGAGCGCUGCCUCCCCGGUCUCCCGCAGCGCCGCGGGUCGGCUCCGCCAGCCCGAGGUCAGCCCCACUAGGGGCGGCUCGGGAGGCGGCGGGUGCCUGGGGGCUGCCCGGCUUCCAGCUCGGAACCCCAAACCUCCUCCUCGUUACUUCUUGCCCGCCCCGCCGCUGGAUCCACAGGUGCUGCUGCACGGGGGUCGUAGGGGGUUUAUCACCACUCAGAGCUGUCACGCGUGGCAUCGAUGAUACAGAUGGACCCAUCUUUUGCUAAUUCAACAUUCCAGUCCAAAAUAACAGAAGCAGCUGAUAUUGUUGUUGGAACAUGCUAUAUUGUCUUUGGAAUAUGCUCCUUGUGUGGGAACAGUAUUCUUCUAUACGUCUCCUACAAGAAAAAACAUUUGUUGAAACCAGCAGAAUACUUCAUUAUUAAUCUUGCCAUCAGUGACCUUGCGAUGACACUGACAUUGUACCCACUAGCUGUAACCUCCAGCCUUUCACACAGGUGGUUGUAUGGGAAACACAUUUGCCUGUUCUAUGCAUUCUGUGGCCUAUUCUUUGGGAUCUGCAGUCUCUCGACACUGACGUUACUGAGUGUUGUGUGCUGCCUCAAAAUUUGCUUUCCAGCUUAUGGCAACAGGUUCAGGAGAAAACAUGGACAAAUACUGAUAGCCUGUGCUUGGACUUAUGCAGCAAUAUUUGCCUGUUCACCCCUUGCUCACUGGGGAGAAUAUGGAGAGGAGCCCUAUGGCACAGCUUGCUGCAUUGACUGGCAAUCCACCAACAUAGACGUCCUGUCUAUGUCUUACACUGUUGUUCUCUUUGUUUUCUGUUUUAUUUUCCCCUGUGGAGUAAUUGUCACUUCCUACUCACUUAUUCUGGUAACGGUGAAAGAAUCCAGGAGAGCUGUGGAGCAGCACGUCUCUGGUCCCAACAGGAUAAACAACGUGCAAACCAUUACUGUCAAGCUGAGUAUUGCUGUGUGCAUUGGAUUUUUUGCUGCUUGGAGCCCUUAUGCCAUCAUUGCCAUGUGGGCAGCUUUUGGAUCGAUAGAUAAGAUUCCUCCUUUAGCCUUUGCUAUUCCAGCUGUCUUUGCAAAGUCCUCCACUCUCUACAAUCCCGUUAUCCAUCUUCUUCUGAAACCCAAUUUCCGAAGUACCAUUGCCAAAGAUUUCACAGUUCUUCAAAAGUUAUGUGUCAGGUGUUGUUUUUGUGUCAAGGAGCUGCAGACCUACAGAUCAACUUUCAACACUGGCCUGAGAACAUUUAAGAGCAAAAAUGAGUCCAGCAGUAAUGCUCUUCCGAUUAUGGAAGGAUGUUCUUAUUUUCCCUCUGAAAAGGGUAGUCAUACUUUUGAAUGCUUUAAAAGCUAUCCAGAAUGCUGCCAGGACAGGUUAAGCACUAUGGGAUGCCACCCUCAAGAAUGUGAGUCCUUGGAAAAUGACCUCCAAGCAAACGUGACCCAGGGCAAUAGGAAUUCAGCGAAGGUGGCUGAGCAGGAAGAAAGAAACACUGAACCUGAUAACUUGGAAAUCACCUUGGAAGCAGGACCUGUGAGCUGUACAUUUACAGACCUCUAGAGCUGCUUAUAUGAAACAAUCUGGCAGUGAUGUUGUUAUGCUGGAUUUAUGAAUGUAACUUCUUUUGAAAAGCCCUUCUAUUAUACCAUUUUCUAUGCUAUCUUCCUCCUCUUUGAUGGGACACAUUCUACAGCAUGGACAUGCUAUAAAUGUUGUGUGAUUUUCACCAUGCUGACUUAAAGUGUAUCAUGAUAAAUAUAUUCACAGCAAACACUACAUAAGAGAAAUCCUCUGUGCGUGUUGCAACCUCUGUGUACUCCAUUUUCAAGAGAACACACCAAAUAAUGAGAGUUUUUCUGUGGAGUUAUUACCCUUUCUAGAUUUUGCGUAUUUUGUAUCCCAUAUGUUUAGGACAAAUAACUCAAUGUAGAGUUUUAAAUGAAUGAUCUUAUGAUGUUUUAUUUAUUAUAACAGCUGAAAAGGUGAAUAUCAACUGAAAUGCCCCGUUUCCAAGAAGGGUUGCCAAAUGACCACAUCUUGUAUUUCCUGGGAGUCACAGGCUGAUUAGAGAUGAACAGGCAGGUUCUGACCACAUUCCACAUGAAUGAAAUCACAGUAUAUCUUGUAAUCUGAAGAUUGUUUUUUGUAAUUUGAGAGGAAGUUGCUGUAAAACAUUAUUUAUUAUGCCCUAUUUUCCCUAUUGGACAUCAGCAUUAGGAUGGCAAAGACCUGGCCCAGAAAUAUCAUAACGGGCAAGAAUCUAGUGCAGGGGCUUUCAAGGCAUUACAGAAAAGACAUUCUCUAUGGUAAAAAGUACCAUCUCUUCAAGGACCAAGAAGAAGCAAUCAGAAAAGGCAGCAGGAGUUUGAAUGCUUAGAAAGUCCUUUCAGUGUGUGAUUUCUCCAAGGCUUCCUAAAAUACAUGGACCCAAGUGGGAACUUAUUCAUGCGGGAAUCCCUGCACCAUCAAUGCAACUUGUCUCUGACCUCAGUGACAUAGGAUCCAGCUUUGAGAACUUCAGGCCAUGCUGAAAUUUUCCCGUGGAGAAUCAGUGCAAAACAGGACUGGAAGUGAUGUUCAAAGGUCAUUUGGUCCUUCCUAUAUGGAUUCCCAUUGACGUCAAUGCACAAAGUUGGACAUGUGAAUAAGUCUCUGGAGGAUUCACCAGCAAAGUCACAUGUUUGGAGACUUAAACUGAUGUCUCAUUGCAAAGCUCAAUAACGUCACACUAUCUAAGGGCAAAAAAGCCCACAAUAAUCUGUAUUGUGUUGAGGGUCUGUGUGCUUGGGUUCUAUACAGAUGUUUGAAAUCCCAGCUGUAAUAUGCAGCUGUUUAAAACAAUCAGAAAUAAAUGGACAUUUUUUUAGUCUA